UUGGAUGUGCACUUAUGAACGAUGAGUCAGCAGAUUUGUAUCGGUGGGUUUUAUAUCAGACAAAACAGGCCACUGGAGGCUAUGUACCUGCUAUUAUUAUGACCGAUGCUGAUCUGGCUUUGGAUCUUGCAAUCUUCGAGGAGUAUGAACAAUCUUAUGCCAUGCAUUAUUUUUACACUGCUAGAAAUUCUCUUGUUCCGGAAGUUUUUAAACAAAAAUGGAAACAGUUAAUUAAGAAAUAUAAUGAGCCUAGAGUUGUAAAGUAUCUAAAAACAUUAAAUUCUUCAAAAAAAGCAUGGACACAAAUUCUAUUAACAUCGUCUGCCGCUAUAUUACCACAAACAUUAUUUUCCGAACUCGAUAAAGCUUUGAGUUGGUUUAUUACACCUGAAAUACAAAAAAUUCAGCGUGCUGAAAUUAAAAGUUGUCUAAAUUAUUAUGCAUCUGCUAUCACAAAAGAUGAAAUGAUUAAAUAUCAAGAG